AUGGGCGGUGUUUUCAGCACCAGCGCGGCCAGCAAGGUCCGCGCCGACGACGCGCCGAGCGCCCGCGACGCCGUCCGCUGCCCGCCUGCUCAGCCCGUGCCUGUUGCCGAGCCUGUCGCCGAGCCUCGUCCGGUCCCGGAGAGCCGCGACGAGACCGCAGAUGCCCCUGUGUCGACGCCAGAAAAUGAGCGCACACUCUACGAUGCGCUGGUCGUGCAUCUUGCGGCGUCUGUGCGAGCAGCAAUGAUCGUCCAGGCCACGAGGAACCGGCGGCCGUCGUUCGCCGUGGCCACGAUAACGAGCAUGGUCGAACAGACGACGUACGUGCCGAGUGGCGAGAUCACCGCCGUGACCGCGACCAUUGUGGAGCUGCUGGUCGCCGAGCCAGGCAUCGCGCUGCAUCCCUCGCGCAAGUACUUCGUCUUGGAUGCAACGAAACUCACGCCAGACACGGGCGCUGCUGGCGCGAGCACGGACGCCUCGGACGCCAUGAGCGCGCUCGUGCGACGCCUGGCGCAAGAGAUCGCUUUGAAACCCGUGACGCACGCGGCCAUCGGCAAGCACGCCAAGAAUGCACUUGCGCACUGCGCUGGGCUCUCCAACACUCAGGCCAGGCGCGUCGUUGUCCAGCAUCUGCGGCGUCUCGGCUGCAUCGCGAGCGCGACGGACGGCAGCCCCUGCCUUGCCAUCAACGCAGCGCGCUUGCAAGACCCCGCUGCUUCAUUUCCCGACUUGACCUUUCUCCUCUCGCUACCGUCAAUGCCGCGUCGUUGCCGCUCGGCCGCGCGAGCUCCAAGGUCCGACGCCUCGGAGGCUGUCGUGCAUGUGACUCGCUCCAGCGACGACGCGGGUCGUUCGCUCUACGAUGCGCUCCUCGAGCACUUGAUCGUGCACCUGCAUGGGGCGGUGCACAAGGCGAUCCAGGCCAAGAAGAAGCAAUUCAAGCUGCACAAGCUGUCGAAAAUCCUCACAAAAGCGGGCUAUGUCGACGACGUUCCGAGCACGUCUGCGUACAUUCUGCGGCGCCUUCUUGCCGACCCGAGCUUGCGGCGCGGCGGUGCGCUCAACGAGUUGCUGGUCGCCGCGUCACCCAACAAUCCGCCGCCUCUACCGAGAACACCCGAGACGACGAUCGACACGAGCGUAUCCGCCCUCGUGGAGCACUAUGGUCGGAAGAUCGCCAUUGCGCCGCAAGCUACGAUGAACCUUGUGGGCGAGCUACACGCCCGCUGUGGCGAUCCAGAGACGGCCCAGACCGUGCUGGACACGCUGCGGGCGACAGGCUGCGUGAUCGAUGUCCUUGCGACGACGACAAAGCAAACACCGAGUCUCGGCAUCAAUCCCGCACUUGUGCGACAGCCGCUGGCGUCGUUCCAGCACAUGUCCUUCCUGCGCUCCGUCGCCUCGGUGCCGGCGCUGGCAACCGCUUGUGUGCGAACGGACGCUCCAGACGGCGCCCAUGUGGCAAGCGACGACGUGCUACAGCACGUUGCCGUCGAGCUGGCGACGCUGCCUCCACGUCCCGAUGCGCGUGCACCGGUACCAACACCACCGUCGCCGCCAACUGUGCAAGAGCCAAGACGCCCGGACGUCGACGGCAGCAACGAUGUUGCGUCCGUUGUGCGGCGGUUUGAAGCCGCGUAUCUCGAUGCGAUCGUCGCCUGGGUCCAGAACGGGGACGUCUUUUAUGUCUCGUACAUUCGAUCUCAAGUCCGUCCGCUCAUGUCGCCGGACAUGCCCAUGGACGCGGCCAUUAUGGCCAUCGUUUCUUGGCUGACGCAGCACCCGCAGCUCGUCUUUUGUCCCUCGGACCGGCCGUGCUUUGUUGGCAGCGGCUUUCCACCGCCCGACGACCGCGUGGAUCUCACGCCGCCUCGCUCGACGACGACGAUGGACGAUGACGACGUCUCGCUGGCAGACAGUGACGAGGAUGGCGCGUCCGAGCCCGAGACGGAAGAGGCGGCGGUCUCUUCGCCGUUGCGAACCAAAGCGUGGUCGGGUGCCAGCGCCCGCCGCGUCAUUGCGGGCUACGUGCACGAGGUCGUGGCAAAUAUUGCUGUGGGAGACGUCUACAACUCGGCGCGUCUCGAGCAGGAGCUUGGGCUUUUGGCACUUGACGACGUGGAUCUGGCGGACGCCGUCGACGCCGUCGCCUCGACCUUGCAGACAAUGCCCCACAUUAUCGACAGCUCCACCAGCGGCAACAACGACGAUUGGACGUUCCGCAAAGCCAUCCUUCGCAGAGGUGCGACGACUAAAAAGCCAACAACGUCGGCCAAGCAAACUACGCGUAUGGCGCCAUGGUACAAGAAGUGAG